AUGAAAAGAUUCAGAUUCAUAAGAAAGCUUAGCAGAGGAGCGCAUGGGACAGUGUAUCUUUUUGAAACAACAGACUCCAGGAAGGAAAGGGUGGCAUGCAAGUCUAUUCUUUGGAAGUACAGAAAACAUGCAGAAAGAGAAAUCAGGAUGUUGUCUUCAAUGUCACAUAAGAGGAUAGUAAGGCUUCUGGACUUUUUCCCGAGAGAUUUUGGAAUAUUCAUCAUUCUUGAGUAUAUGAGCUGUGGAAGCUUGCAUGAAGCAAUAAUCCAGUUUGCAGAGAAUAAAUGCAAGGCCAGUGGCUAUCUGGCGUGGUCUGUGUUGGCACAGAUUGCAGAGGCCUUGUGCUAUUUACACAGCAAGCAGAUUGUCCACAGGGAUGUAAAGCCAUCAAACAUCCUUAUGGGGCGGAUUUCAUCGCAGAACUCGGGAUCGGUUCAAUUUAAGCUUUGCGAUUUCAGCAUAGCAAAGAGACUUCACAAAGAAAGCGGGGCAUACGGGAUUGCAGGGACACCUGCAUAUAUGGCACCCGAGGUUGUGUCCGGGGAGCAUUACGACUUUUCGGCGGAUGUAUGGAGCUUGGGCGUUUCCAUAUAUGAACUGUUGACCUUGAAAAAGCCUUUCGAGGGAAGGAGCAAGAAUGAACUCUUCGAAAUGAUAAAACAGGCAAAGCUCCCACAGGUUGUGUGUGCAGACAUCGAGUUGGAAAGGCUGAUCAGGAGAUGUCUGUCAAGAAACAACAGAAUAACAUCUGGAGAAAUCCACGAUAACAAGAGAGUUAGAGCACAUCUCUAG